UCUGGGCCGCGAACAACGUCAGCCAGACCUGCUCCCUGCGUCUGCCAGUCCCGCCACGGAUUCAUUUGGGAUCCUCAAACAGACGAGCCCAUAGAGACGUCGGAUCAAGGCAGCCAAUUAGAUCCAAUUGCCUGCUUCGGGGACCGCCAGCCUUCCAGGCCUGGUGACAGGGGAGGGUGGGGAAAGAGAACCGAGUGCCGCUGCGGGAAGAUACUGAAGCUAGCGCGACACCCCUUCACCACCGCCCCCCCCCCCCGAGUCCCCCCCCCCCCGCUCUCACCUCCCCCCCACCCCCCUUGCAGAAACAGGCUUUGAAAACUGCUUCCCCAUCUGAAUGGAAACUCGGAACCGCCGGGCGCGUUCCAUCCGGUCCAGGCUUGCGAUCCAUGCCGAGGGGACGGCGGUGCGAGCUCCCUCCAGCGCGCGGCUCCCGGGACAGCGCCGGCAAUGCUGCUGAGCAGAACUUAAUCGAGUCCCUUCCUCGCUGCUAGUGGAAGCGAUGCUGUACAGCACAGCCAGCGCGUCCCCGACUCUCCUUCAAGCUGAAGGUUACCCACCCGCGCAGCCAGCCCCAAGCCUGUGAGCGCCGCCGCGCCUCCCGCCCCGGCUCCCGCUGCUCGGCGGCGGCGUGCAGGGCAACCACCGGGCCGCCCGCGCCGGGGCGCACUGCACCAGAGGCUUCGGCUUGGUGGAUGUGUAUGCAUGAGUUCUGCACCGAAUGGGCGCAAAAAGCGCCCCGGUCGGUCCACCCGCUCCUCGAUCUUCCAGAUCAGCAAGCCUCCGCUGCAGGGCGGAGAUUGGGAGCGCAGGGGCAGCGGCUCCGAGAGCGCCCACAAAACCCAAAGAACCCUGGACGACUGCAAGAUGCUUGUUCAAGAGUUCAACACACAAGUGGCCCUGUACCGAGAGUUGGUCAUUUCUAUUGGGGAUGUCUCAGUCAGCUGCCCCUCACUGCGGGCGGAAAUGCACAAGACCAGGACCAAAGGCUGUGAAAUGGCCCGGCAGGCGCACCAAAAACUUGCUGCAAUCUCAGGCCCAGAAGAUGGUGAGAUUCAUCCAGAAAUCUGUCGGCUUUAUAUACAGUUGCAGUGCUGCUUAGAAAUGUACACGACAGAGAUGCUAAAAUCCAUAUGUCUGCUGGGGUCUCUUCAGUUUCAUCGAAAAGGAAAGGAGUCUGGCGGGGGAACCAAGAACAUGGAUUGUAAAAUUGAGGAGAGCGCUGAAACACCUGCUGUAGAGGAUUCGGCAGCGUCCCCCGUAGAUACUCAGCAACAAUCCUGGCAAGUUUCCACAGACAUUGAGAACACUGAAAGAGACAUGCGAGAAAUGAAAAACCUUUUAAGUAAACUCAGGGAAACUAUGCCUUUACCAUUGAAAAAUCAAGAUGACAGCAGUCUUCUAAAUCUAACUCCCUACCCCCUGGUUAGAAGGCGGAAGAGAAGAUUCUUUGGGCUGUGUUGUCUCGUCUCAAGCUAGGGGAUUCCUCUUCGAGACCCACCAUUGGGAAGACCUGAAGACAUCGCCAGACCUGAGGACCACCAGAUAGCUGAAUCACAGUUAUUGGGUUUUAACUAUGUUUUCUAUACUUCCUUAUUACUUUGAUCUCCCUCCCCCUGCCCUUUUAAAUGAUUUUACAUUUGAAAGCAGCUGCUGUCAAGAGGAAGAAAAAAGAUUCAAAAAGCAGGCCGUUUUUAAAAGGAUUUUUAAAGCUGACAUUGUGUAUGUCUGCUCCAAACCAUACAAUGGCAGAUGCAAGAAUUAUGAUUUUUUUAAUUAUUUAAGGGUUUUUUAAAUGUAUUAUACAGAGAAAAACUUAUUUCAUGUAUAGUAAUAUAUCUAUGGCUCUUGCUGAUCUUAUGUUAAUAACUGAUCAACAUAAAAGGAGUCUUUAAACAUAGAAAUCUAUUUAAAACUGUGUUAAAAAAUUCACUCUAUCUAUCAAUAUCAUUAGAGACAAUGUGAUAAUCAAACAUAGAACACAUCUAUUGCUUUCUCUGCAUUCAUUUAUGUUUAGUCUUCCAUUCUGUCUGAAUCUAAGAGCUUCAAUAUAAAACUAUUUUAAUUUAUAAUGCAACAAAAACCAUAUAUGAAAAGUAUUCAAAUUUUGUAAAUACACAAUAAUUCUAACGCCUUCAUACAAUGCAUAUGGGCAACUAAUCCCCUCUUGAUUCAAUGGUGUCUUUUCAGCUUCUUGGAGAAUGAAGUAAUCCAGUUAGGAAAUGGUGUAGUAACAUAGACAAUUACCCUCAAUUGUAAAAUUAAAUAUUAUCACAUUUUGUUCUAAUUGAAAUCUGAAGCAUGAUGUCUGCACAUCAGCGUAGUGGUAAAUCUUAUAGGGCAUGCUAAAAUUAGCUCAGAUCGUAAAAAUAUUUAAUGUUUUACAUUGUUAAUAAAAUCUUUUUUAGUUAAGCUAAGCUUGUCUCAUUUUAGAUGACUAUGCAGAUAUGACUUUUCCCAUGUGUACUUGGUGUCUUGUCUUAUGCUUAGAAACUUGAAAGCAGGACACAUUAAGCAAUACUAUAAUUUAGAAAGGAGGAAACUGCGUGCUUUGUUAUUUUUCAGCUCACAAUUUUGUUGUGAUUUUCCUCCACUAAACUUAUAACAUGGUACAAAUUUUGUUAUUUCUCCCCUUUUCUUCCUUUGGCUUGUUUCCCAGACAGAAUUUCCCACAGGUUGAGAGAUUUGGGUCUUUUCACUUCCUUUCUUAUUUUUCCAGUCUGAAAAACUAAAAUUCUAAAGUCAGGCAAGAGGCAACAGUGUCUAGUUCUAUCAAAGGAUGAGGUAGGGGCCAGAGCGAUAACACAGCAGGUAGGGCGUUUGCCUUGCAUGCGGCUGACCCAGAUUAGAUUCCCAGCAUCCCAUAUAGUCCCCUGAGCACCACCAGGAGUAAUUUCUGAGUGCAGAGCCAGGAGUAACCCCUGUGCAUUGCCGGGUGUGAGCCCCCCCCCCCAAAAAAAAAGAAUGACGUAGAUGCCUGUAAGUGGUUUGUCCAAGAGGUAUCUUUCGUCCCAACCCUAAACUCAGCACUUACUGGCAUAGACAUUUCUAUGUUUACUGAGUUUUAACUCAAAAAUUACAUAUAGUCAAGCUUUUAGCUUUAGCUUUAGUAAAGGUAAAAAGAAGUACAGAUGAACAACUUGAAACAUUAUGUUUUAGGUUGUAUUGUAUGAAAGUGCUAAUUUAGACUGCUUUGACUUACAAAAUGGCAAUUUCAUAUAGUUCAAACAAAUAGCUGGAAACUGUCUUUGUUUUUGUUUUUCUAGAUCUUUUAAUUAAAAGUGAAAGAAUAAAAAGUUUAGAAGAUAUUUUAAAAGUCUAUUCAGGUCUCUAUUUAGGUUAUGUUAGCUGGUUAUUGGCUUUAUCAGAGUUCCAUUAAUUAGUAACUAAUACAUGGUAACGAAUAUACCUGACUUUAGAAAGACAUAUCCUUAAAGUAAUAUGAGAAAAAUCACAAUAUUCUAAAUCAAACACUUGGAAAAAAAGGUUGUAGAAAUAUGCUAUUUUAAAAUUCUAAGGGUAAGUAGUCCCUUGCAAAGUAAGUAACCACUCCAAAUUUACCUAAUCUGUAAGCCCCAACUUUUGUAAAUCAGAUUUAACUAAACCUGAAGUUUCAUAUCCUCUCUUAAGCUUGGUUCAUUUUCUUCCCUUAAAGUAAAUUCACUUAUGGUCUGUUGUUUUUAAAACUAUGAAGUUACCCAAUUUAGCAUGCUCUCAGCUCCCAUAUUUACCUUUUUUUUUCAACCUUUCUAUUAUAUUGAACUCUGACCUUCAGUCGACUUUCUAUGAAUCCAUGCAAAGUUGUUAACUGCUCAGUCUAGCCUUGGUGUUUAGCACGUUCUUCCAAAUGCCUGACGUAAAUAACUUCUGCUUGGUUAAUCUGUGCUCACUCUCGCCUUAGCCUCAGUAUGACAGUAACACUUACCUUCCGUGCACUUGUCCUUCGUACAACUGAUGACUGUUAAUAAAUUCAGGUCUCACCUCCGUGUAUGGGAGGGUUAUCGUAGCUAUUAUGGAGAUGGGGAUUUGUCUAAUUCCCAUGCUAAGCUUUCCAUAUCUACAGCAAAUAUAUUCAAUCACAUUAACUUUUUUCAUCAUGCCUGUUUCCCAGGCUUUGAUUAGUUUAUAGUUCCCAUGGACACACUCCAAGAUUUUUAGAUGUUCUUUCACUAGCAGGUCCUAAAAUUGAAAACAGUGCUCAGUCUUGGUAACCGAAACAGACUUGUAAUUGAUAAAGAUAAUUUACCACUCCACCUCCCCCCAUUAGGAAGGUCAAAAUGCAUCUCUGAAAGCUCACUUCCCCAUGCAUCUGACAGACCAAAGGACUUUCUCAGGUGUCGCCCAUGAGAUAGAGUUCUACUGUCUCAGCUGGUCAUUCGAUUUCAGAUUAGCAAUAAUAUUGAACUGAUCUCUAGGAAUAGGAAGAGAAUAUUGAACCCGUUUUGUUGCAUGUGUCAUUUGUCUGAAACAGAAAAUCGUGUAAACCUUUUCUGGUGCACACUCACCUCUUUUACCACCAUAUUUUUAAUAUCCUAGUAUAGCUUUACUUUUUUUCUUUCAGAUGACAGAGGCAAUACAUAUUCUUUGUUGGAAAUAUAAAAAAAAAACACUUAUUAUAAGGAACAAAGAGAUCACAUGAACCCUACACAGUCAUAUUUGAAACUUUCAUUUUGAGUAGGGUUUGUGAAUAAAUGGCCACAAAGCUGAGAUACGAUUUUUUAAAAUCUGUCCACUAAAGUUUUAUAUGCAUUUAAGAACUGAUGUCCAAGAAACUUUGGGUUGAAUUAUUCCUCAAAGAUACAAAAAGGAAGAAACAAUCCUGAUCCUUUCUAACAAGUUAAAGAUUUUAGGAAAAUUCUAAAUUCCUGCCAAAUUAUUUUUUUUUUCUAGCUGCCCUUGUAUCAGUUACAAUCUUCACUUAUUAUUUGACAAUACUGCCACCUAUUGAAAGUUGACCCUUUGAAUGACAGAAGAAAAUCAACAAUGUAAAACAGUGUUUCAUUAAUUUGAGACAGCAGAAAUAAUAGUGGCCCUACAUGAACUUUCAGACUCUAAAACUCUCAAAGUUAAAAAAGUUAGGAUAAUAUACACCAGACUUCCCACCCCACGUGCCAUACCUAAGUAACAUCUGUGCUUUCUGUGUGUUCUAGAUCAUCACAAAAUGCAAAUGUUUAACUUUCAGGUAAUUAAGUAGAUGGAGAAAGAGCCAGCAUAAAUCAGAACUAAAUAUGCAUUGUAUAUAAUAAAUAAACUCAAAAACAUGGAGAAAUUGAGUACAUUAGAAAUCAAACAUUUUAAAUCUGUAAGAAAAGGUUGAAUUAUUAAGUUAUAUUGGAUGGCUGUUUUGUCAAUUUGUUGGGGAAAUGUCAAAUAAACCAAUAAUUCUCAUUAAAAUAAGUUCUAGGAAUUGUGAAGAUAUGAAUUUUUGUGUGUGGAUAAAGAGCCUUUUAAAGCAUAACACCAAAGGAAGCAACCACAAGGAAAAUAUAUACUUGACCAACUAAAAAUGCAAUGCUUCUUUAUAGUGAAAAA